AUGACUUUGCGAUAUCGAGACAGUUUGGAAGCCGCCGCCACCUACUUGUGGAAUGAUAAUCUGCAGGCGGAAGAAGAAGAAGAGACAGUGGUGGCUGAUGGGGUCGUCACACAACAUCGAUCUCUCCUUGACAAACCAAUGACAUCAUCUUUUUCUUCUAUUCAUGAGUUCCAAUUGGAUGUGCUGGUUCCAGCUUUUCAACGAGAUGACAGACUUCGCGUCUUUGCCGCCAAACUAGGGCAAGCCAUUCAAUCCUACCGGUACAACCACCAGCAGAAAGACCAUGCAACAAUGAACACUGGUCACACACUGGUGAUUACCAAGUUCCGACUCUUGGUGACACGCUUUGCUCCUGAACGACCAUCCUCUGAAUUGCAACAGGAAUUGGCAUCCUUAUCAGGUCUCCCAGUUGACCAAGUUGUUCUCGUGUCUUCAGAGGAACCCUUUACACGGGCUAGGGCUGCCAAUCUACUCCAUGAUAAUGCUUGUCGACGUGAUGCAUGUCUAGUGGCACGGAUGGAUGUGGAUAUGCAAGUCAGGGCCAACUUCUUCCAAACUGCCUUGGACAUUGUGGUGGCUGGAAAACGACCUGAUGCACCUCUUCAGAACAAUGGUCCCCACCCCCACCCACCCAGCUGUGCACCAGAUGAUCCCGUCAUUUAUUUCCCCGUGAUUUGGAGUGCCUUCAAUCCGGAAUCCAUUCAACUCAUUGAACAAGAACAACAACAAAAGCAACGACGGGCCCAAACUAAUAGUAGCACCCCACUGGAGGAUCCCGAUUUACAGCUGGACCAAAAUGGCCAUUUGUCGGAGUUUUCCACACAUGCCGGACAUUGGCGUCCCGGUGGUGUGGGCAUGCAUGUCAUGCUGGGAUCCACACUGAACAAGACGUUUCCACCCCGGUCGCAUCCCAACAAUGACGACGAUGCUGUGGAGAUGACGGAAGAUUCAGCCAUGACGAGGAUUGUACUGAGACACGACAACCAUGUUCAGGGCUGGGGUACGGAAGAUAUGUUGUUUUACGAAACAGCCACACAGGCAGCCAAUCUCUGUGUCAUUCGACAACUAGAACCAAACCUGAUUCAUACGUGGCACCCCAAACAAUGUCGGUGGGGCAUUGACGUCAAAGCAUCACGGGCCAAAUUGGUUCAUUGUUACAAGGUUCGGACGGGAGAAGAGGGAUCCGAGUAUGGGCGGAUGUUGUUGAAAUUGGCAAAUCCCACCAGGAGGGGACCGUAG